CUACAUCUCCCAUCAUGCACCGGGCCCCAGGGUGCUGGGCUCAGCCUGAACCCGGAGACCCGGCUGACCUCGCGCUGCAGGAGGGAUAGGGGGUGAGAAGCGGAACGCGACGGUAUGGUCUUACUUUCUUGCCCACCGCGAGGGUCGCGGCCGCCCAUAACCUAACAGGCCUUUCUGGCUCCAGCCUGCCCCCGGCACCGCUACCACGGGCCUAACAUGGCCGCUGGUACAGGGACCGGCCUCACGCUCACAGCCGGGCUGAGGUCCGGGGCCAGGGCCUGCUCCCGGCAUCCCUCGCGAGUGCGGCGUGGGCUCCCUUCCCCCAUUUCCUGGUCCCGCGAGAGGGAGACCCUCGGGCUUUGAGGUAGCAUGGCCCAGGGCUUGAUUGAAGUGGAGCGAAAGUUUGUUCCAGGACCUGGCACAGAGGAACGGCUGCAGGAGUUGGGAGGCUCUCUGGAGCACCAGAUCAUCUUCAGAGACACCUACUAUGACACCCCUGAGCUGAACCUCAUGCGGUCUGACCACUGGCUUCGACGACGAGAGGGUAGUGGAUGGGAGUUAAAGUGCCCCGGAGCAGUGGGUGUCUCAGGAACCCACACUAAGUACUUGGAACUCACGUCGGACCCUGCGAUUGUGGCCCGUCUCUGUCAGGUGCUAGAAGCCGAGGGGCUGGGGACUGGAGGUGUAGCAGCUGUGCUGGGUCCACUGGGGCUGCAGGAAGUAGCUAGUUUUGUGACUAAGCGGAGCUCCUGGAAGCUGCUGUUCUCUGGAACUGAUGAAGAGGAGCCACCGCUCAGGGUGGACCUGGAUACAGCUGACUUUGGCUACGCAGUGGGUGAGGUGGAGGCCCUGGUACGCGAGGAAACUGAAGUACCCUGUGCCCUAGAGAAGAUCCAGAGCCUCAGCAAAAUGCUUGGUGAGGGAGACAGGCUUUCUGUGCUUUCCCUGCUCCCCACCUGCUGCCUUUUCUGGAGGUGUGCCAGCACAGGAGAGGGCACCUGCCAAGCUCAUCGUGUACCUACAGCGCUUCCGGCCUCAGGACUAUCAGCGCCUGCUCCAAGUAGAUAGCUCCAGAGAGGAGCCACAGGGUACUAAACAUCCUGACAGCAACGUGGGCUAGGGGCUGUCGCUUCCCAGAAGGGCAAGAGAACUCUAGGUUCAGUGGGGUCCACACUGGAUUCACAGUGCCUCUUUCCUUCUGAUGUGGGCUCCUCUCUCUCCAGCUCUCCCUCCAGCUCUCCCUGUUCUUUUACCCUGUCCUUAGUUACCCCUCCUGGAGCCCUUCCUGGUUGCCUUCUCUCCCUCAUCCGUCAGAUGCAAUCUAUGGGUCGCCCCUCUCCCCUGGCCGCUAAGCAGCCUCCAUUGAUUUCCGCUCGUGUUUAUAGGAUUUCCACUUAGCCGUGAUCAGUAGUUAAGCACAGGAAAAUCCCUUGCCACCCCCCUCCCUUGGUCGAUGCCAUUGAUUCUGCCAGCAGCUCUGAAACCGCCUUACAGCUGAGUUAGAGAUGAGGGGAGGCAGCAGGGAUUUCCCUGCCUUGGGGUGUGGGGAAUAGCAGCAGGUUGGGAAAGGGUUGGGAAUUCUUGUUAGAAAUCCAGAAAUUCUACUUUGAUUUUUGCCACAGUGCCCAGCUCUGGCCCAGAGGGUAGAGCGCCUCUUGUGGCAGCUAAGGGACAAAUGUGUUCCCAGACCUGGGAAGAGGUAGAAAGGAAGCCCU